GCCAACCAAGAGUAAGUGGUUCGCUGGCCACUACGUGGACUUGACGGAGAAGGCCUGCAAGGCUAAGGCGACUCCGGUGGCUGCUUCCCACCCUCAAGCCAUGGGCCUGCAGAAGCUCUUCCCUCUGGCGAGGUCGGACUUCUCCGUGAUCGAGCAGCAAUGCCAAGGGCGAGAGCGCGUGGACGUCAUCGGAGUGGUGACGGAGCUGGAGACGCCGCCGACUAGCAAGCCGAAGGCCAACCUGUGGCUGAAGGACUUGUCUGGCAAAGAAAUGCUGAUCAACGUCUGGGGUAACCGCUUGGUGGAUCUCCUGUCCACUGCGCACACAGGAAGUGUCGUUCAGAUCGACAACCUGUCCAUCGUCAAGAAGGACAACGGUUCCCUCGAAGGGACGGCGGAGCACUUCUUAGACAACGACAAGCACGGAUUCACACUCCUGCACCUGGAACCGCAGGGCUUGCGGGCGGACAAGCUUCGCGACCUGGGCGCUGCGCCGGGCGAUCGCAUUUCCGUUCCUUGGUGCCCUUCCUUGAUUGGCGGCGGUAGGCUGAUCUCCGACUUGCGUUCCUGCUUCGUGGCAUGCGCGGCAACUAUGAAUGCGUUUGGCAGCGCCAUGGAGCAGGGCGAGAAAGUUGAAGUUGCGAUGCACUGCGUUUGGCUCGUGGACGUCCUCGGGGAUCCAGUCUACACCGCGUGUAAAGUCUGUUCCAGUAAAAUCGAUCCCAUGACAAACAAGUGCAAGCGAUCUGACACUGGAUGCCCAACGGAGCCUGCGGAUGCCGCUCGCAUCUUGGCCACCGUGCACUUGGCAGAUUGGACGGGACAGCUGAGCAACGUGCUCGUGGGAGGACAGGAGCUGGCAUCGUUGAGCCAGGUGAAGGACGAACAGGCGCUGGUCCAGUUGCUGCAGGCCAAGGGCACCUCAGCAAUUUGCUUCCGGGGACCCUUCGAUGCGCGCCUGGGCACGUCUCAGCGCCUCGGGCAACCGCGAGCCUCCGGCCAGCAAGCUUCGCAGGCGAGUGCCGUCGGCGCGGUUGGACAACCGACUCAGUUUCAGGUGUUGGCGGCUCGCCAAUGCUUCGGCGAGGCGUACGACGACGACAAACGGCCCAUGGUGAAGAAGGUGACGCGCCUCAUGUCUGAGAAGAAAGACGGCGCCGUGCUUCCUGUGCGGUGUCCGUUGACGGACUUGUCUUGCUCGGACAUCGGCACUUUCUUUCUGAAGGGUAACGUGUUCGCGAACUACGUGUCCGUGUUGGCCUUCGCCAAGGACGACCCUGUGAUCGAAGAGCUGACCAUCAAUGACGAGAAGCAUCUCGUCACCAAGCACCAGAAAGUCUUUUCAAAAGAGAUGUUCGAUGCGAACAAGCCCUUCGCCAUCGAAGCGUUUUGUCAUUUCACCAACUGCCAUCUCUUCAACAUGGCAGACGGCGCUACGCGUUUCCUGGUGGGGCGUGUCCUGAAGAACGAGGCGACGGAGGAGGUGACGCUGCAUGUGGAAUGGAUGUGCAAAGUCACGGACGCGCAAAUCGGCCACAUUAUCAAGGAGCGUGAGCAGGUCUGGAGCCUGCUCGAGGACGGACCGACCAUGCAGACUAACAAGCGGCCGGCCACCAGUCUCGUGGAGGAAACGCCGCUCAAA